AUGAUGGGGACCUUCUCCUCUGGCUUCCUGCUCUGCAGCCUGCUGGUUCUUCUCCAGAAGUCUGGGGCUCAGGGAGUACCCCCACAGGUCAGAGGGCACCUGUGCAGGACAAGGCCCACAGACCUGGUGUUCAUCAUCGACAGCUCCCGAAGCGUGCGGCCCCGGGAAUUUGAAAAAGUCAAGGUCUUCUUGUCCCAAGUCAUCGAGUCCUUAGAUGUGGGGCCCAACACGACUCGGGUAGGAGUGGUCAACUAUGCCAGUGCCGUCAAGCAUGAGUUCCCCCUCAAGGCUUAUGGGACCAAGGCCAGUCUCCUGCAAGCUGUGCAAAAGAUUGAGCCUCUAUCCACGGGCACUAUGACAGGCCUGGCCAUCCAGUUUGCCAUCAACAAAGCCUUCAGUGAGGUUGAAGGAGCCCGGCUCAAGUUCCCAGAGAUCAACAAGGUGGCCAUCGUGGUGACAGACGGUCGGCCUCAGGAUGGUGUGAAGGAUGUCUCAGCCAGAGCGAAGGAGAGUGGCAUUGAGCUCUUUGCCAUUGGGGUGGGUCGAGUGGACAAGCACACCCUGAGGCAGAUUGCCAGUGAGCCAUUGGAGGAGCAUGUGGACUACGUAGAGAGUUACAGUGUCAUUGAGAAGUUAUCCAAGAAGUUCCAGGAGGCCUUCUGUGUGGUGUCUGAUCUGUGCGCCACUGGAGAUCACGAUUGUCAGCAAAUCUGCAACAGCUCCCCAGGAUCCUACACCUGUUCCUGCCAGGAUGGCUUCAUCUUGAACAGUGAUGGGAAAACUUGCAGUGCCUGCAGUGGAGGUGGUGGGGGCUCUGCCACUGACCUUGUCUUCCUGAUCGAUGGGUCCAAGAGUGUCCGCCCUGAGAACUUUGAGCUGGUGAAGAGGUUCAUUAACCAGAUUGUGGACUCGCUGGAUGUGUCUGACAAACUGGCACAAGUGGGCUUGGUACAGUACUCUAGCUCAGUUCGACAGGAAUUCCCCCUGGGCAGGUAUAAAACCAAGAAGGACAUCAAGGCAGCAGUCAAGAAGAUGUCCUACAUGGAGAAGGGCACCAUGACUGGGGCAGCUCUCAAGUACCUCAUUGACAACACCUUCACCAUCUCCAGUGGAGCACGGCCUGGUGCCCAGAAGGUGGGCAUCGUCUUCACUGAUGGCCGGUCCCAGGAUUACAUCAAUGAUGCAGCCAAGAAAGCCAAGGAGCUUGGGUUUAAGAUGUUUGCUGUGGGUGUUGGCAACGCAGUGGAGGACGAACUGAGGGAGAUUGCUUCAGAUCCCGUGGCAGAACAUUAUUUUUACACUGCUGACUUCAAGACCAUCAACCAGAUUGGCAAGAAACUUCAGGAGAAGAUUUGUGUGGAGGAGGACCCGUGUGCCUGUGAGUCCAUCGUGAAGUUCCAGACAAAGGUGGAGGAGCUCCUCCAGGCCUUGACACAGAAACUGGAAGCUGUGACCAAGAGGCUUGCUGCCCUGGAGAACAAUGUGAUCUAG